AUGACCAUGUUGCGUCGAGGGGUGCCCAAACUCACGGACAAAACGAAGGCAGAGGCGUUCGUGGACAUAUGUCACCCGAAAAUGUUGGACGCUCUCCCUUCCCCACGCAUCCUGAACUCCCACCUCACCUUCAGCGACCUUCCCACACAAGACCUGCCCAGGGAGAUUAAGCGCAUUGCAAAGUUCCUGGAGAUUGAAGUAGCAGACGAUCUGAUCCAGUCCAUCUGCCAGGCAACUGCGGUGGACACCAUGCGGGAAGCUUUUAAGUCUUUCAUCGUGAGAAAAGGUCAGGUCGGAGACUGGAAGAACUGGUUGACCGAAGCUCAGGACGAGGCCCUUGAUGACGUCGCCAAGGAAACGAUGCCAGGCCUGUCCAUCUACAAGCCACGAUUUACUUUACCUUGA